UACAUUGCUUCGUUCAAGAAACAAACAAAGCUUCUUUUUUUAUUUCUUAGGGUAAUGUAAUGUAAGCAUAUGCACAGAUAAGUUUUGGCACAUGUUCAAAGAUGAUUGAAAAUGCAUUACAAGUGUAGCAACUUUACCCAAAUACAAAAAGUUGCCCCGAAAGCAAAAAGUUGGUUUGGUCCUACCUCAACUAACGUCUACAGAUUCAAUUAUUUCAAUGGUACCCACAAGCCGUGUGGUCCUGAAUUAUCUCAAGUCUUUUCUUUUCUUGAUGCAGUACUUUUUUGUUAGUUUUCCAACUUGGUAGGAAAUUUCGUUUUGGAAAGAUAUGAAUGGAAGAUAAGUAAUGGAUUCCCUGCAUUGUAACGCUAGCUGUUGAAUGUUGACCAUCUCUGCCUGCAAAAAAAAUACAGUUCAACUAUUCAACUUCAAACAACGCAUUUUACCUUCAUCUGUUAAAGAGUUUCACAGACGAUGGCUGAAGCUGUACUUAGUGUGAUCUUGGAUAAGAUACUUCCACUUGCUGCCGACGAGAUCAGCCGGGCAUGGGGUGUAAAGAAAGACCUUCAGAAGCUUGCCAAGAAAAUAGAGAUGAUGGAAGCUUUGAUUUUUGAUGCUAAAUGCAAGCAAUCAACAAGCAAAGCCGCCCAGCUCUGGCUCAAAAGGCUCCAGUCCAUAGCACGUGAUGCUGAGAUCGUGUUGGAUGACUUCGGAUAUGAAGUUCUGCGGCACAAGGUUGAGAAUCGGAAGCGCGACCAGGUACUCAACUUCUUUUCUUCCUCAAAUCCUAUUUCCUUUCGUCUAGAGAUGGCUAACAAGAUCAAGAAAGUUAUGGCAUCUCUGGAGGAAGCUCACAAAGAAGCAAAUGAGAUGCUUGGUCCGGUUCAGCUAACCAUGACAUCUGCUGAUCACAAAGGGAAUCGGUCGAUUGUUCCUUUUGUGGAUCGGUCGACCGUUCCUUUUGUGCGGGAGUCAGGAACGGUGGGAAGGGAAGUUGAGGUAUCUCAAGUUGUAAGCAUGUUAAUUAGCUCAGACUAUAAGAAGGAUUUACCUGUCAUCUCAAUAGUUGGGAUGGGCGGCCAGGGUAAAACAACCCUUGCACAGAUGGUGGUAAAAAAUGAGAGUGUAAUGAAGCAUUUUGAUAAAACAAUAUGGGUUUGUGUGUCUGACGAUUUCAGAGUGGAAAAGCUGUUGAAUGAGAUGCUACAAUCCCUCGAGGGAAAAAGUGCUGAGACGACAAACAAGGAAGCAUUGGUGAGGAAGUUUCAAGGAAAUCUGAAAGGUAAAAGUUACUUGCUUGUGCUUGAUGAUGUUUGGAAUGAGAAUCGAGAGAAAUGGGAUGGCAUGAGGAGCUGUUUGCUCGAAAUAGGAGGUGCUCCAGGAAGUAAAAUAUUGGCUACCACACGUAGUGAUGAGGUAGCCUCAGCAAUGCAAACAUCUGGUAUGCAUCAUCUAGACAUCCUCUCAGAUGAUCAUAGCUGGAUGUUGUUCGAAAAACUAGCAUUUGCAGACGGUGGUGCAAGAAAGACUCAAGAUCUACUGGACAUUGGUAGAAGGAUACUGAAAAAGUGUGGCGGCGUGCCAUUAGCGAUCAAAGUGAUUGGGGGUUUGUUGUAUUCCAAAAAGGAUGCCUCGGAAUGGUUGACGAUCGAGAAGAGUGAAAUAUGGAACGAGUCGACCAAUAUUGCGAAUGGAGUCAUUUCUGUCCUGAAGCUGAGUUAUGAGAACUUACCUUCAUUGUCAGUGAAGCACUGCCUUGCAAAUUGUUCCAUCUUCCCGAAGGACGCUUACAUGGAAAAACAAAGCUUGAUACAGAUUUGGAUGGCCCAGGGAUUGAUUACUGAUGCCAAGGGAGGAGGAGGUCAUUUGCAAAUGGAGGAUAUAGGCAGUGAGUAUUUCAACGUAUUGCUUCGGAGUUCUUUGUUGCAAGCUGCUCCUGAGUACGGAAUCGAGUUAUGCCGGAUGCACGACCUUGUGCAUGAUCUUUCACUGCAUGUGUCAAAUAAUCGUUUCUUAAAUACAGAGGAUGACAUGGAAGUCAGUCAUCAUGAUGAAGUUAUGCAUUUGACCAUCAUUGGGAGUCAAGGGAAGGUGUUAAAGAAUAUCGAAGGGAUUCCUCCAAAUUUGCAAACGCUUUAUUAUCUUGAGGGUGAUGGUAUUAUGCUCGAAGACAUCUUGAAAAGGUCUAGAUAUCUUUGUGUGUUAAUAUUAAAGUGCGGGGAUGUUACUCAUCUCCCGAAUUCAGUGGGUAAUAUGAAACAUUUAAGACAUCUUGAUAUCAGGCGAACUGGUAUCACCGCUUUGCCAGAUUCGAUCACAAAGCUCUACAAUUUGAUGACCUUGAAAGUCUUUUCCUUGAAAGAGAUACCUAAGAAGUUUGGCAAUUUAAUUAACUUGAGGCACUUCGAGUUUUUCGAGGAUAGUUUGGAUGGGUCCAGAUGUUUGUUCCCUGGAAUCGGGCAGCUGGCUAAUCUUCGGACGUUGCCCCACUUCAGGGUAAGCCAAGACAAGGGAUGUCAACUUGAGGAGUUGGAAUACUUGCGCAACCUCCAAGGCGAGCUAAAAAUAUUUGGACUUGAAAAUGUGAGCAGCUGUGAAUCAGCAGCAAAAGCAAAGUUGUCCGAAAAAUCAAGCAUUCAAAGUUUAACACUUUCAUGGGAUGAUACAAAUGAAGAUUGCGAUGACGACAAUAUUAAUAGUGUCAUGGAAGGUCUCCAACCUCACCCAAACUUGAAAAGUUUAGGCAUUUGCGGUUUCAAAGGUUCAAGGUUUCCGUCGUGGAUGGUGGCAAAGGAUCACUUCAUGGUACUCCUUCGGAAUCUGAUAGAGAUCAAGUUGACCGGAUUGGGUAAGUGUGAACAAGUACCACCACUAGGGGACUUGCCUUGUCUCGAGUCCUUAGAGAUGGAGUCCUUACAUAAUGUGAAGUGCAUUGGGGCUGAAUUCUAUGGUCUCGAUAUUAAUGCAAGGAGCAGCGCUUCUUGUAGUAGUAGCAGUAGCAGAGAGGCGAAACCAAUCAGUCUGUUUCCUAAACUGUCGCGUUUUGUUUUGGAGAAAAUGGGAAGUCUGGAGGAGUGGUCAGAUGCAAUGGUUCCCUCGGAUUCUUCUUCAUCAAUUAAGGUAUUCCCUAAUCUCCGGAACUUGACAAUUUCCGAUCUCCCCAAGUUGGCUGUUCUACCGGAUAUGGAGAACUUGACGUCUCUUGUGGAGUUACAGAUAAGGGGAUGCGGGAGUUUGGCCUGUAUAAGGAAUUUGAAUAGCCUCACAUCUCUCGAAUCCUUAAUCCUAAGUGACUGCCCUGCUUUAUUAGAUGCUUCUCUGGAUAUGAAAAACCCCCAAUCCCUACUUUUUCUAAGCAUCUCAGGAUGUGAUAAGUUGAAUUCUUCGUUGAGUAAUAAUCUUGAGAAGUUCACGUCGCUCAAGUGGUUGGCGUUCAUUUCUGAUGACCCUGGUUGUUGGCCAAUUACGGUUCUCCACCAUCUAGCCAACCUCAGCGAGUUGGAACUCGGUGGCUUCUCUGACAUCCUUGACCUUGAUCAUUUCCCGUGGCCACACUCCAUCGCCAAUCUCGUCUCUCUGGAGCGUCUUGUAUUGCGUGGAUGGCCAAAAAUCACGGCUCUCCCAGACCAAAUUCAGCAUCUCUCUACCUUGAGAACUUUAAAUAUUCGGAAGUUUGAGGGGUUGGAAGUUCUUCCAGAGUGGAUGGGCAGCCUUCGGAAUCUUCGAGCAUUGUCCAUUUAUAAUUGCUCUAACCUCAGACAAUUGCCCUCUGCAGAAGCAAUGCGACACCUCACCAAUUUAAAUUUUCUAGGUAUCGCCAGCUGUCCUCUUUUAGCAGAGAGAUGCACCAAAGGAAGUGGCGCAGAGUGGCCCAAGAUUGUACGCAUUCCCGAUGUUUAUAUCGAUUGAACAAAGGAAGUUUGACUGGUUUCGCAUCAGGGACACAAACCCCACUGCAACUGGUCAGAAUCAAGGCAACUCAUCCAGCGUCACAAAAGAAGAAGAGCAGUUUUCUCAAUUAUUGAUUCCAGAUGUCUGCUGAGUGUCUCAUUUAUUCCGUCUUGUUGGAUUUACCUGCUCUCUCCUUUGAGGCAGGCAAUCAAUGUCAGUUUUCCUCCGUCUCACCUGAAACACAUAUCUUUGCUUGUCCUUUGAGAUGGAGAAGCAAACAAAACAAUUACAUACAUUCACUUCCGGUUUGUUCAUCAUUUGUUAGUAUGGAGAGGAUUUUGGAAAGAUAUGAAAGAUACUCGUACGCUGAGAAAAGACUCAGUGGCUCUGGCCCUGAACAACAGGUACGCUGGCCAAUCCUUCAAUCCUCUAUUUAUCUUAUUUUGUCUGUAUUUUCUGGGCUUGCAAUGCCGUCCUGCUAUAUGUGUAAACUGCGGGACAACGAAUGUGUUAAGGAGUCUGUAAAUAUUGCAGAAGACAUUCUUUCUUAAAAUUUUCAUUCAAAUGUACCUUAUAUGAAGUACUGAAAGUAUCAAAUGUUUGCUUGAGGGCUGGAUAGAUGGUUGCUUGUACAUAGGGUAAAGAAGAGUAUGUAACUAAAAUUUGCCGGAUCCAUGUGUAUGUGACGCAAAUCUACCAGGGAAGUCAAUGAGAUUAGGACCAUCGAAUAAAAUGCCUCUUCUUCUUGUUA